AUGAUUGAUGAUUCUACAGAGGAAUUGUUAAAAGGAAGUAUAAGCAGGAGAAAUAGUGUCGAUAAUCGUAAUCAUCAGUAUCAUGAUGAUAUAGACAAGAAAGAGGGAUUCUCUACAACUGCAUUAUUGAUGAAUCGGUCACAUAUAGAUAGAGAUGCUGUUCAUACCCCUGAAUAUAAUUAUAAUUCAAGUGAUGAUGAAGAUUGGGGUAAAAAGCAGAAAGAGGAUGAUGAUGAUGAUGAUGAUGAUGAUGAUGACGAUAUUUGUAAUAAAUUUCAAUUUGUUCAUUUAUCUGAUCAUAGUGAUAUUAACAAUAACACAAAUAUAGGUAUGAAAGAAAGUCAAUAUAAUAGUGUAUUAAACGGUCUCUUUAAAGACAUUUCUGAAUUUCUAACUAAAAAUGAAAUGUCUCAAUCAUUUCUUAUUGCUUUAAAGUUAUAUAUAUCUCAUUUGGUCAAUGAAGGAGUCGAUCCAUUGAAAGAUGAAUACAUUUUGAAUUUAAAUACAGAAUUAAUUAAUAAUCAUGGUUUGAUGACAUCACAAUUAGAAAUUUUAAUCUCAUAUUUCUUAUUAAAUCCACAAAAUUUAUUAAUGAAAUUAACACAUUUUGAAAUGAAUUCAAAUUAUCAUCUUUUGAAAAAAAAAUUCUUAAAAUGGAGAAUCUCUUCAAAUACUUCAAUUUAUCAACAAAAAUUAAUAGAGUUAUAUGAAAAUUAUAUUAAGAAUAAAUUUCUUAAUCAUUGGUCAAAAAAAUAUGAUCAAAUUGUUACAAUUGAUAACGAAAGAGCUAUAGAUGCUAAUAUAUUUAGAUUGAAAGCAUUUGCAUUCGAUAAACUCUUAUACAAAUAUGAUUCUAUUGAUAAAAUGGAACAUUUGGCAAAUACUCAAUUUCUUAAUCAUAUUUUCCAAAAUUUUAAGGAUAAACAAAAAAAAUUAAAUGGAAAAUUCAUUGAUUUCAAUCAUUCGAAGGACUCACAAUUAACUAAACUAUAUUGGAAUAGAUGGAAAUUAAACCAAAAGUUGAUUGAAUGCCAUUCGAUACCAACAAAACGUCAUGUCUUGAAAUCAUGGUCUCAAAGGUUACAAACAUUCCAAAAAAUGGUAAAUACUUCUGAUGUUGCAAGAUCUGAUCAAUUGUUAUACAGCACGUUUAAUAAAUGGAAAUUGGUAACCCAAAGAAGAUCCGAAAAAGUUGUAGGAUUAUAUAACACUGAAGGUCAUAUCCUUAAAUUGAAAUAUUUGUCAAACAUGGUUAAACAAUACAAUUUAAUUCAAACUGAAAGCAAUUUUAUAUUGAAAAGAAAAUCGAUGAUUAUUAAAUAUUAUCUUUCAAAAUUUUGGAAACAAAAAUUUCAAAAUAUGUUACAUUUCCAUUCUUUUACACAAAUAAAAGAGGAUAUAUUAAAAAAAAAAUAUUUUAAUAUCCUUAAGAAGAAAUUAUUCCUAAAUUUAAAUUCAUCAAAUUUUGAAAUUGAUGCACUAACUAAAAAAUAUUUGAAUAAAUGGAGAGUAAAUCAUUAUAAAAGAAAAAGACUUGCAGAAAAAAAUACGACUUUAUUGAAAUCAACAUUCAUACUUUGGGAACAGAAGUUUAUUCGCCAGACAAAUUAUAAGAAAUAUGAGCAUCAUUCAAUCCUUCGAAAUUUUUUCAAUAGAUGGAAACAAACAACCCAGAUACAUUUAGAUGAUAUUUCUGUUAGUGAAACUUUCCAAAGACAAUGGCAAGAACAGAGAUUAGUAACUGUUUGGACUAAAAGAGUAGAGUUGAAUAACAACAUUAAGAUUACGGCCGAUUUAUUUAGGGAUUUGCAAUUGUUCACCAUGAUUGUGAAGAGUUACAAUAAUGUAAGGUCUAAAAGACUUCAUUUUGAUACUAUAAAUAAUAAACCAAUAGAAAUUCAUGUGUUGAAUAGGGUAUUUGCUAAAUGGAAAUUGCUUGCUGAAGAAAAGAAAACGUUACAGUUAGCUGCUACUUUAAAGACAUUCCAAAAAUAUAAACAUGAAAGACUACAAAAAAAAUACAUUUCAAUAUUUAAGAAAAAGUAUACAAUAAUUGGUAAACAGUAUAUUAAGAGCGCUCUAACUUUGGAGAAAAGACAUAGGAGUCAAUUCUUCUUCAAGUGUAUAAUCAAAAAAUUCGAAAAAUUCGAACGUCAGUUAGAUAUGGCAUCGAAUAUUAACGAGGAUCAUUUACUUCAAGAAUUUAUGUUAUUUUGGAUAGGAAGGUAUAAUAAAAAUGAGGAGUUGGAUACAUUAUCUUUACGUUACAUUGAUGAACGAAACAUCGACAUAUUAUCCUCAUAUGUAAGUCAAUGGAGUAUGCAACUUUUGAAAAGGACAAGAAAUAACGAAUCUGUUCAAGUAUUUCGAAAAAGAUGGGAUAGAGCCACCAUUAGAGGUUUACUGAUGUUAUGGAAGGAGAAAUAUGAAGAAAGGCAAUCCCCCAGAAAGACCGAUAAAAUUGUUCAAGAUAUUGAACAAGGAACACAAACUCCUCUAAGAAUCCCUCCACAAAACCAGGAUACUAUUCGUGGAUCUUCAAAAGUUAGAAAGUAUAAGAUGGAUGCAAGAAUUAGCCAUUAUAGGAGAGCAGGUAAACCAAUUCCUAGUCCUGUAAAAGAUGAAGUAGAUGAAUUUAGAGGAUCUUUAAAUACUAUAUCCCCUGUGAGGGCAGCACGAUUAGACUUUAAAAAUAUGGCAGUUCUGAGACCUAAUCAAUCUAGCUACAGUUCGUCGAGACUCAGUCCCAGGAGAGGUGAUCCGGACAGUUAUAAUGAAGAGGGAUACUUGAAUGGGUCCCCAAGAAACAAGACUUUUAAAACAUAA